GAUAAAAAAGGAACGCAGUUUAACAAAACAUACAUAAGUUUGCUUUGCAACGAAAUUUGGCAAAACAUAAACAAGGAUGUUUAAUGUUUGUGAAAUUCGUUAUCUUUUUUGUUUAUCACUGCAGGUAGGAAACAAUUUGUUAUAUCAUAAUGUAGUGGGGAUUUGAUCGUUGACAGUGACGAUUAAGACGAACGUUCUUUGAAUAAAAUCGUUAUUUGAUAUAUAAUUCUACAAAGAAGAAAAAUGCAUAUUGAAUAAAAUAAACAACAUGGAUUUACCAUUAAAUACCAGUGGAAUCAACGCGUCUCUUCUCCUCUUACCGGAUUCAGCGUCCCCCGGAGUCAGUCAGUAUUCCCUGCCUGCUACAGCGGGUCUGGCAGCAUUAGUAAGCUUCCUAAUAAUUUUUACCAUUGUUGGGAACGUCUUUGUUGUAAUCGCCGUACUUACAAGCAGGGCUCUCAAAGCGCCACAGAAUCUUUUUUUGGUGUCUUUAGCCAGCGCAGACAUCCUAGUUGCCACCCUUGUUAUGCCAUUUUCACUGGCUAAUGAACUGAUGGGCUACUGGUUUUUUGGAAGUGCGUGGUGCGAUGUUUACUUAGCUUUGGAUGUUUUGUUUUGUACUUCGUCAAUAGUGCACCUGUGUGCAAUAAGCUUAGACCGAUACUGGUCGGUGACCCAGGCUAUUGAGUACAACCUCAAAAGGACCCCUAAAAGAGUGAAAUGUAUAAUAGUAGUAGUGUGGUUGAUUUCUGCUGUAAUAUCCUUCCCACCUUUAAUCUCUAUGGACAGAGACCCUGAAGAUGACGUUUGCCCUCAGUGUAAGCUGAAUGACGAGACAUGGUACAUUCUGUCCUCUUGCAUAGGUUCUUUUUUUGCUCCUUGUGUUAUUAUGAUAUUGGUGUACAUAAGAAUAUACCAAGUAGCAAAACACAGAACAAGGACUAUGUCUGAGAAAAAACAAGGGGCAGACUGCUCUUCUCAAACUGACAAUGAACUGCGCAGAGGCGCCUCUCUUAAAGCAAAUGGGGAAAAAGAAAAUGGGCAUUGCCCAGCUCAGCCCAAGGAGACCAAACCCCAGGAGGCAGAUGACAUAGACUUAGAGGAGAGCAGCUCCUCCGAUGGGAAAGGUAAAAGGGGUCAAGACACAAACUCCAAGAAGGACAGAAGAACUAACAGGAAAAACAGUUCUUUGUCUAAACAAUCUAGUCGCGUUUCUAGGUCUAGCAACAAGUCCAUUGACUUGUUUUCUUCAAAGCGAAAAAGAAGCACAGUUUGCAGGAAGAAAAUCUCCCAAGCCAGAGAAAAAAGGUUCACGUUCGUCCUGGCUGUUGUAAUGGGCGUGUUUGUUGUCUGCUGGUUUCCAUUCUUUUUCAGUUACAGCUUGUAUGGCAUUUGCAGAGAAGCCUGCGAAGCUCCAGAAAUUGUAUUUAAGUUUUUCUUUUGGAUUGGUUAUUGUAAUAGCUCUUUAAACCCUGUCAUUUAUACAAUUUUUAACCAGGAUUUCAGGAGAGCCUUUAAAAAAAUACUCUGCAAGAGAUGGAAAAAAACGUUUUAAACUAUCUGAUGUGCCAUAAUAAACUGUGCCGUAAGCAUUGUAUAUAUUCUAAAUGAGAAGACUGUCACAUUCUGGAUGUAUCAAGGUGAUUCAUGGCCUUGACAAUCUAUAGACUGAUGAAGAUAUUUAAAUUUGUUCUAUUUUAAGCACAGCCAUGUUUAGAAUGGUAAACUCUGCAAAUGUUUAUGUAAAUAUUGUCAAGUUUUAAUUGCUAUAUCUGUAAAUAACAUAACUUGAAGACAUAAGGUGCAGCUGUAUGUGUGUUUACUGUUUUAUGCCAUUUACUGUACAUUUAGGCAGGCACAUGUGGUUAUAAAUAUAUGCAUGCAGUGUUACAAGUUUUAUUUUCCUGCAAAGUCUCCGUUCUGCUUUUUCCUCAUUAACAGAUUUUUUGUGUUAUCAAAGCUGUGCAGCCCAGUAAAUGAAAUCUUGUCUACUGUCUAGCUAAUGCUCUAAAUUGUUAAGUGCUACCAAUGGGUUCAAUGCCUCUGUAACAAAAUAUAUGAACAAGGCUGAAACGUUUUAGUCUCAUCUUCUUAAUAAUAUUCCAUAUUUGCUCUGAAUAACCUCUUCAUUACAUUUACCAGCAUAUACAAUGGUGUGUCUGUGUGUGUAUGUGUAUAUUUGUGUCUAUGUGUGUGUGUGUACCGGGUGUGUGUGCAAUCCUUUUUAAAAUCCUUUCUGUUACAGGUAUAUUGCUGCCAAAGUUCAAUGAGGUAUAUUUUCUCCUAAAAAGGUUAUAAAUAUUACUAUAGCUUGCCUGAAUGAUACAAUUGUUUGUACUGCUUUUGCUUUUCUAUAUUUAUCUUUGAUUGUUUUUCUUUCAGUACUCAUUGUAUAUAUUGCAAGCAACCUGAAACAACACAAAUUAUGCUAAUUCAAAAAACAAUGUGUCUGCACCAUUUUGCCUUUAGUUUUCUUAAGAAAUGUUUCACAAGGAUAAAAAGUAUGCAGUUAAGCUGUUAUGUAAAAGAGGGUUUAUCCCACAGUAGGAAAAAUACUUUUUUUCUUUGUUGAUAGAUUUGACAAAGCACACAUGUAAUAACACUGUCAGUAAGGUGGUCAUUGUGGCACUAGGUGUUUACAUUGAUAUAGAUGCAUUCAUGUCCAUUCUUUGAUUAUGACACUAGGUGUUUACAUUGAUAUAGAUGUAUUUAUGUUCAUUCUUUGAUUGCCACUUCUAAUUCCCUCUGGGAAGUUGGUGUGUAAAUUUGUUUUUUCCUAAUAAAGUUAUCACUGUCUACUGAGAUGUUACU